AGUGGUCCGGUGGGCCAUUCCCCUCCCCGCUACGCCAAGAUGGACGGAGCUCCGGGAGGGGGCGGAGGCCUCCGCUGCACGCUGGAGUUUGCUGUCCAGCUGACUUGUCAAAAUUGCGUGGAGGCUGUUCAGAAGACGUUGCAAAAAGCGCGAGGCCUCCGCAUAGUUGACAUCCAGCUGGAUUCGCAGACUGUGGUAGUGGAGACGAGUCUCGGCACUGAGGAGGUCCAGAACCUUUUAGAAAGCACAGGGCGCAAGGCCGUGCUGAAAGGGAUGGGAAGUAGUGUUCCAGGGUUGCUUGGCAGUGCAGCAGUGGCCAUGAUGACAGGCCGUGGAUUGAUCCGAGGCGUGGUAAGGUUCCUGCAAGUCUCCCCAGAAAAAUGCCUUGUUGAUGGAACUGUUGAUGGCCUUCAGCCAGGGCUGCAUGGGCUGCAUGUUCAUGAAUUUGGAGACAUCACCAGGUCCUAUGACAGUUGUGGGGACCAUUUCAAUCCCAAUGGGGAAUGCCACGGAGGCCCCCAGGAUCUCCACAGGCAUGCAGGCGAUCUUGGGAACAUCUUGGUCACUGCUGAUGGAAGAGCAUCCUUCCGGAUGGAAGACCAUCAGCUGAAGGUGGAUGAUAUAAUUGGUCGCUCCUUGGUGAUAGAUGAAAGGGAGGAUGACUUGGGCCGCGGAAAUCACCCACUGUCAAAAGUCUCUGGAAAUUCGGGGGAGAGAGUGGCCUGCGGAAUCAUUGCUCGCUCGGCUGGCCUCUUCCAGAACCCCAAGAAAAUAUGUUCCUGCAGCGGAGUGACACUGUGGGAAGAACAAGAAGGUCCUGCCACCAGGCCAGGCUGGGCCGCUCCUGACCGACCGACUCCUCAUCUGUAGGACUUGGAGUUCUGCUGGUGCUCCCCUUGCUCUGGAGUGUGCAAAGGGGUUUCACAAAUUCUCUUAAGGUGUGGAGGUCUUAUCAAUUGGCCUCCCGGAAUGGCCCCAAUAAGGCAGGUGUGUGCGUGUGCAUGGAGAGAGAGACACACACAUACAAAUUGGCUUUGCUUGGCAGGGGAAAAGGAAAUAAUCACACUUGGCAGAUUCUUCCCCAGUCGGCAAAAAUUCCAAGAGGGCACAUUUUGUUUUGCCUUUUCCAUUUGUAGCAGGAGAGCAGAUUAUCUUGCUUAGACGCAUUAAUUUUUAGGAUAAGUUUUGUGAACGUUUUUCUUUGCUGCCCCACCUUAGGCUUGACGGGCAAGUGCCUUCCCCCUUCAGUGCAGGCAUGGAAGAAAGGAAUUCAAAAGAGGCGGGUCUGCAGCGACGGACGAGGCUUGCCCUGGUGAUGAGUUUGCAUGUGCAGUUCUUAGUGGCGAGGGACCAAAAAAGUGGGGGGAACUUCCUCUGUUCAGUUGGGGCAAUAUGGUGCAGCAUUCUUUGUCCUGCCAUCUGUGUAUCAAAAAGAACGUGUUGUGAAGAAACAGCACCGGCCACUUCACCAAAAAUUCUUAGUAUCCUAGUCGGCUGUCCGUAAAUAAGUCUGCCGUCACCUGGUCAAGAUGGGUGAGAGUAUGUGCCUGGAAAAUGGAGUUGGCUGUCCGUUGCGGAAAGCUUGAGAAAAGGAGGAAUGGAAAUACAAAGGCAUCGUGCAUUCUGGUGGGCUUGGGACUGGACUUUUCAUGCAAGGGUUCUGUCUCUGGGACAGGUGGUGCAUUUUGAGCUGUGCCUCCUUUUUUGCCGGUCCCUUUAUUUCUUAGACCACCCAUUAAACUGUGCAGUCCUGUUA